GAGUGAAACCUAAACCCAAAACAGGCAAAUAAGAGAGUCGCCUCUCCCUUCCGUCUCUUUUACUUACUUUCCUUCGUUAUUUUUCCUGUUCUUUUACUCUGCAUUUUAUUAGAGUGCAAAGAAAAAAAAAAGGAAAAGAAAAACCCAAAACAAUGGGAAAGAAGAAGACCCCCAUAGACGAAAACUCUGUAAUCCGAUUAACCAAGAUACUUGAGAAGUUUAAGGACGCACAAGAUGAAGCAUAUACCUUUGGAUCCAACCUUUCAAACAAAGAACGAGAAUUUGUGCACAAGGAAGCCCGGAAAAUGGGUAUGAAAUCCAAAAGUAAAGGCCGGGGAAGCCAGAGACAAGUCUCUUUCUAUAAAAUCAAAGAGAAAGGCAGCGGCAUGUCAGAGAAGAAUCUAACUAAUGUGGCAUUUUCAGAGGGGACAAGAGUGGUUUUGCAGGAAUUAUUUAUAAAUUAUCCACCAGAUGAAGGGGAGUUUGAAGAGAAGGUAUUUGGAAAAUAUAGCGGAAAAACUGCUAAAAUACGAAGAAAGAGAUGAUAUUUUCUUGAAGCCAUUGAUGAGUGCUGCAGAGAUUGCAGAAAAGGUUAAAGGACUUGCAUAUAAGAGAGAAGAAUCCAAACUUGAGACAGAUUAAUGAAGCCAUUGAUGAGUGCUGCAGAGAUUGCAGAAAAGGUUAAAGGACUUGCAUAUAAGAGAGAAGAAUCCAAACUUGAGACAGAUUAAUGAAGCCAUUGAUGAGUGCUGCAGAGAUUGCAGAAAAGGUUAAAGGACUUGCAUAUAAGAGAGAAGAAUCCAAACUUGAGACAGGUUCUUCUAUACAAGCUGGCUUAGAAAGUUUGAUUAAUGAAGAGAGGUCAAAGCUUCCAAUCGCAGGGUUUGGGGAUGCCAUUACAUCUGCAGUAGAAUCUCACCAGGUUAUCCACAUUUCUGGUGAGACUGGGUGUGGCAAGACGACACAGGUUCCACAAUUUCUUUUGGACUAUAUGUGGGGAAGAGGUGAGGCUUGUAAAAUACUGUCUACUCAGCCUCGGCGUAUAUCAGCUACAUCAGUGUCUGAGAGAAUUUCUUAUGAAAGAGGUGAAAGCAUUGGAGAAACUGUUGGAUACAAAGCAUUGUUACUAAACUUUUUAAAACAUGUAUGUGUAAUGCGAUUCAUAUUUGUUAAAAGCAUGUCAUUUAAUGUGAAAUUGCUGCUUGUUUCUCACUGCCUUUUAACAACAUGAGAAUCGGUACCGUGUUAGAGCCUUAGAGGUAGACUUAAAAAGCAUAGAAUCAU